AACCAAAAUUCAAAGCAGUGUGUAAGCGCUUUGCGCAUGCUCAAACUGAAGAGGCCGCUCAACUUCUGUUCUCCGCGCGCUGGAAUCGCCAUAACUGGAACCGGGGAAUCGGUUUAGGGCUCACGGAGUGCCUGUAGCAGGGUGAAUCAGAAUGGGAGACAAGCCAAUUUGGGAACAAAUAGGAUCCAGCUUUGUGCAACAUUACUAUCAGCUGUUUGACACAGACAGGACUCAACUUGGAUCGAUAUAUAGUGACGCUAGAUGCCCAGUAACAAACAAGUUUUGUCAUGUGUUCAGCAGAGGAAUCUUUUCAGGCCAGAAAUGUGGUUCUAUUGAUGCGUCAUGCCUUACGUGGGAGGGUCAGCAAUUCCAGGGAAAAGCCGCAAUUGUCGAAAAGCUUUCCAGCCUGCCCUUCACAAAAAUAGCUCACAGCAUCACAGCACAAGACCAUCAGCCCACCCCUGAUAGCUGCAUAUUGAGUAUGGUAGUAGGCCAACUAAAAGCAGAUGAUGACCCCAUCAUGGGAUUCCAUCAGAGCUUCAUCCUGAAGAACAUUAACGAGGCUUGGGUUUGCACCAAUGACAUGUUCCGCCUGGCGCUGCACAAUUUUGGUUAAACGCCCCAUGGCUAGCAGGAGGGAAGUGGGGGAAGGUGGAGGAUGGGGUUCCGCCCUGAUGACGCCUGAACCUGUCAAUCAUCCCACUCAAGAGAAACAGCUCCGGAUUACAGCAGUCAAUCACAGAAAACAUGCAGGCAUAUACUGUACUGCCUCUACUCCAGAAAUGACAUGUUUCUUUGCUGAAAGCCCACACAUCCAUCAAACUGACCCUUUUCCUUCGCCAACCUGCAUGAUGAAGGAGAACUUAAAUAUCAGAGGACGCCCUGACCAGAACGAAAACAUAUUGACCUAACCUCGGAUGCUUGAUAUUUACAAUUUAGUUGCUGAUUUUGACUUUGAAAUAACAACCGUCUUACUGCCUAUCUUUGCUUUAGUACAACAUGUGUUCAGCUUGUUUUUAGAAUAUGCUCCUUGAAGUUUAAAUCUUUUUUUGUUUUUGCCCCACUUGAAAAUUGGUGUGAUGUCAGGUUGCUCUAGCUAGCCAAAGAACACCACCCUAACUUCCCCUUCCCCUCAGACCAGUGUUUUUCCCACUUUCUGCUCACUGUUCUGUGACAAUAAGUACCAAGCCAAGAUACACAAUAAAACAUCUGAAUUUUUCUUAACGUCAUCAUCUUGUUCAUCCCCCUGUCUGGUUUUGCAUCUAACUUUUUUCCUCUUUUCUAUGCUUGUCUGUUCAUGUUUUUGAUACUGCUUCAUAUUAGAUUCUAUCAUUAAGAUUAUAUAUAGAUUUAUUUGAGCAGAGCAGAACAAGAUGGAGCUGUUAUUUCUCUUUUUACAGGUGGCCAGUGUUUCCUGAACCAGUUAUUUAGACUAAAAUAAUAACGUUGGCUUAUUUGGUAGAACAUCACUAUGAUUAGCAACGGAUUACAUGUCAUUGUUUUCCAAAAUUUUCCUAACCUUAAAAAUGGUAGAAUCAUAAAUGGAUGCUCUUGUUAAAGAGGAAAAAUCGUAAGCAUCCUCUAGUUAUGCCACAUCAAUAACGUAAGUUUUGCCAAGGUUAAGAAAGAGUUUGAAACAAAACGGGGGGGGGGAAAAAAGCCCAGAUGAAUCUUCUCAGCACUUUUAUUCUUUCAUUUGCCCUUUUGUUUUAGUUCAGAGGUUUUGCUUCACCUGUUUUCCAAUGAUGCAAAUCUUGAAGUAAUGGCAUGUGGGAUGUUAUGUUUCAUAAGCUUGUAUGAAUGUAAAUGUCAUCGAGUUUGUAGUGUGGCCAAAGCUGUUAUCACCUUCCAUAUUUAGGGUUAUAUUUGGACAUUUCCAGUACAAGAAGGAUCACAGACACAAAUCCUGAAACAUGACUAGUUUGUGGGAAUAUGAGAUGACUAUUUUCUCGUUUCCACAAAAUGUUUACACUAAAGGAGUUAUGUUCAUUGUUUCAGAUUAGAAAAAUCAUAUUCACAAAAUAUGAAGGCCUUUGUGCCAAGUGAUGGUACAGAUAUUUUAGAAAGAGGUCUUCUGCAUUGUGGCUUUUUGCACUGAAAUAUCUAGACAGAUCUGCUAGAACAUCAGUAUAAUGAGUAUGUUUCUUGCAUUAUAUUUUUGCUGGAAUACAUGUAUUGUACAUGUACUUCAUGCUUGUUUGACCCUGCAAAUAUCCACUCUCUGUGGUUUAAGGGCAGGAGCAAAAGAACACUUGAUUUUCCAAACAAAAACAACAGUAAUACAAUGUGAAUACAGUAAGAGAUACUUCAGUCGCCUACAUGUAUGUGGAAAUAAAUGAGAUCAAAUUAAA